GGGACCGCAGGGCGAGCUUCGAGUGAAGUUCCCUCUUCCACUUCCUCCCUCCUUGUAACCUGCUGCUGCCUGCAGGUUUGCCUGUCUCUCCCUGCAGUUUGCCUUGGUGUGGUGUCCUCUGCCAGGGCUCCAGAAGCAUGCAAGCCAUCAAGUGUGUCGUGGUGGGAGACGGAGCUGUGGGGAAAACCUGCCUCCUUAUCAGCUAUACUACCAAUGCCUUCCCAGGAGAAUAUAUCCCCACUGUGUUUGAUAACUAUUCUGCCAAUGUGAUGGUUGACAGCAAGCCUGUAAAUCUGGGGCUGUGGGAUACUGCUGGGCAAGAGGAUUACGACAGGCUGAGGCCACUCUCUUACCCCCAGACGGAUGUCUUCCUGAUCUGCUUCUCCCUUGUCAGCCCAGCGUCAUAUGAGAAUGUCCGUGCUAAGUGGUUCCCCGAGGUGCGGCAUCACUGUCCCAGCACUCCCAUCAUCCUCGUGGGCACAAAGCUGGACCUUCGUGAUGACAAGGACACCAUCGAGAAGCUGAAGGAGAAGAAGCUAUCCCCCAUUACAUAUCCUCAGGGCCUUGCUCUGGCCAAGGAAAUCGGUAUACUCGGUGAAAUACCUGGAAUGCUCAGCUUUGACACAGCGCGGGCUCAAGACGGUGUUCGACGAGGCCAUCCGAGCAGUCCUCUGCCCGCAGCCUACCCGCACAAAGAAGCGUGUGUGCAGCCUCCUCUGAGCAGAUCUCGGGUGCAUCCUGAUGCCAGGUUCUGCUCAGCAUGCAGGAGAGUGAUGGCUCCAGCACCUCAGAGCUCAGUAUCUUGUGGCGGUCACUACGCUUUUCACUUCUGCUGGCUUUAAAGACUGUUUGGGGUCUGUAGCACUGGUUUGUGCAUUUGCACAACUUCCCCACACUUGCCCCACCCCAGCGCCCCCCUUCUUUCCUCACCAAGGCUGGAGGUUACAACAUAGUGGAUAACACCCAAUAAACAUACGGUACAUUCUU